CCUUAGUAAAAAAAAAAAAAAAACCAAAAAAAACCAACAAAACAAAACAAAAAGCAAAAAAGCAAAAAGCAGAAAAAAAAAUGGAAGAAAAAUAUAGCGAUAAUUCAAUUGAUCCUACUUUAGCAGAAAGCUAUAGUCGCCCAUGUUCAACAAGUUUAGCUACAGGUCACAAGUUCUUUUCUAAAGAGACAUUUCUCCAUUAUUUUCCUAGAUAUAAAUUAAAAAGAUCAGGUGUUAUUUAUAUUGAUGAACGACCGCCUGUAUUUCAGUGUCUUUUAAUGGGUGUUCAGCAUGUUUUAGCCAUGUUUGGUUCAACUGUUCUCGCUCCUCUCAUGAUGGGUUUUGAUACAAAUACUGCUUUAUUCUUUUCUGGUAUUGGAACUAUUAUUUUCUACAUUAUGACGGGUGGAAGAGUUCCUUCUUAUGUUGGAUCCUCUUUUGGUUUUAUUGGUGUUGUUGUAUCAGCUACGGGUUAUAAAUAUACACCAGGUGCAUCUGAAAAUGCACACGUUGAUAUAGCUGCAGGUGGUAUCCUUAUUUGUGGUCUCGUUUAUGGUUGCAUUGGACUUAUUAUUUAUGUUGCUGGCUAUGGCUGGAUUGAACAUGUGAUGCCUCCAGUUGUUACUGGCACAGUUGUAAUGACAAUUGGUAUCCAUUUAUCUACUUCAGCUUUUCAAAAUGCAACACAAACUUCAUUUGACGGUUGGAUGGCUUUUACGACAGUCAUGUUAAUUUCAUUAGUAAGCAUUUAUGCACCAGGCAUGUUGAAACGUAUUCCAAUUUUGAUUGGUAUGGUGAUUGGUUAUCUUAUUUAUUUUGGUGUGGGCUAUUCAGGUCAUGGUCCCUCUAUUGAUUACACAGGGGUCUACGAUGCUUCUUGGUUUGCUGCUCCCAAGUUUGUUAAACCACGUUUUGAGGGACAAGCGAUCAGUAUCAUCGUACCUGUUUGUGUUGUCUUAUUAGCGGAGAAUUUAGGUCAUAUUAAAGCUGUAGGUGCCAUGGCUGGAAAGCCUCUUGAUAAGUAUUUGGCUCGUGCUGUUUUAGGGGAUGCUAUUGCAACUAUUGUAUCUUCUUCUGGUGGUGGACCUGGUACAACUACUUAUUCAGAAAAUAUUGGCGUUAUGGCUGUUACACAAAUUUUCUCUACUUUGAUUUUUUUAAUUGCAGCAGUCAUUGCUAUUUUCUUGGGUUUCAUUCAAAAGUUUGGUGCAGCCAUUCAUACAAUCCCUGAUGGUGUCUUUGGUGGCUUAUCUAUCAUUUUAUUCGGUUUAAUUACUGUUUCUGGUGCAAGAAUCUGGGUUGAGAAUGAAGUUGACUUUAAGGAUUCAAGAAAUAUGUUGGUAGCUGGUAUUCCUGUCAUUAUAGGUGCUGCCAUGCAAACUACUUUGAAAUGGGGUAAUUUCCAAUUAGAUGGUAUUGGUCUUCCAACUUACUCUGCUAUUAUUUUAUAUCAAAUUUUACGUGGUUGGGAUGGUAUCAAAUCUCUAUUAAGAAAGAAUAUUUUACGUUCAAAAGAAAAUGCUGAAACUGUUUAGUUUUUUAUAUAUUUAUAUAUCUUGUAUAAUAUCUUUAACAUGUAAUACUAUUUUAGAAUGUGUGUAGAUACAUAAAAGUAUUUUAAAACG